AUGUCAACGAACUCCGACAGCGACAUGGACGCCAAGAAGUUAGAAUUUUUCUGGGGCCCGGUUCCCAAAUACUACUGGGUUCUUAGCGCUAUAAAUGGACUAAUUACCCUGAUAUGUAAUGGAUUAGUCAUCUUCAUAAUACUUAAACGAGAAAGGCUUUACCGAAAUCCUUGCAACUGGUUACUUUUAUCACUGGCUUUUUCUGACCUAACAGUGGGAAUAAUUAUGAUCCCGUCGCUGUUUCUCUGCUACUUUUCGACCAUACCGUGCGACUGGAAUGUGAACAAAAUUGUGUACGACCUGUUUCUUUACAUUUCCGUCACAAAUCUUUGUUUUCUCACUAUGGAUAGAUACAUUGCAGUGGUGUUUCCUCUUAAAUACAGCCUGCUUAUCCCUCGAAAGUCCACCAUCAAGUUGUUAGUAACAGCUUGGCUAUUUCCUCUGGUUGUAUGCGGUGUUUCUCUUGUGAUAAAUCUGCUCACCAUAGCCGAAACAUCAAAAAAAAUUUUAGAACAUGUAUUUGUGGUCAUAAAAGUUACCACAUUUGAAUUGCUGCCUUGUGCGUUAAUGCUACUUGCCUACAUACACAUCUUUCAAAUAAGCCGAAGACACGCCAGACACAUAAACUCCCUUCACAGAAGCUUAAGGAGAAGGAGUGAUAGCACAGCCAGUGAAACAAAAUGGCGCGCAAAAUCGACCAUAAAAGUGUUCUGUGUAGUUGUUCCUCUUUUCGUUAUUUGUUGGACUCUAGCAUCGUGGAGAGAGAUUUGUUCGGCGUUCAACCGCUGCUCAAUACCUCCGACCGCCGUUCACAUUUCGCGACUUCUGUUAAAGGGGCACUCCAUGAUUGAUCCUAUCGUCUACGCACUACAUAAAAAAGACAUUCGCAAGGAGCUAUUUCAGACCGCCGGCAUGUCUCAUCUGCUUACACUUGACAUUCGGCCGCGAAGCUUCAGGAGUGGCAGUGAAAAUUCCUAUACAGUUUCAUGCGAAAGGGACGCGCCUCGAAUGGAAAAUGACAUUGACAACUUUGGCACCUACACUGCUCUGUAA